ACUCGGGGCUCGCGGACUGGCGGGUCUGCUCCCCCUCGGGCUCGGCUGCGCGUCACGUGCUGGGGGGGGGGGGCGGCGGGGUGUCCCGCGAGCCGCGGCGGCGCGUCACGUGAGGCGGGCAAGAUGGCGGCUCCCGGGGACGGUGCCGACCUGGAGGCCUCGCUGCUGAGCUUCGAGAAGCUGGACCGCGCCUCCCCGGACCUGUGGCCCGAGCAGCUGCCCGGGGUUGCCGAGUUCGCCGCCUCCUUCAAAAGCCCUAUUACGAGUUCUCCUCCCAAGUGGAUGGCUGAAUUAGAAAAUGAUGAUAUCGAUAUGUUAAAGGAGUUGGGGAGCCUCACUACAGCUAACCUGAUGGAAAAAGUUCGUGGCCUGCAGAACCUGGCUUACCAGCUGGGACUGGAUGAAUCUAGAGAAAUGACUCGUGGGAAAUUCCUGAACAUCCUAGAGAAACCCAAAAAGUAACUGACACGCCUGCAGUUUGGACAAAAAUACCCCAGCUAGAUCACUUCACGUCCUGUGGAUUCAGAUGACCCCCAGAACUCCUAAGAAGUACAAAGCUCUUGCUCUAGACCUUCAGAAGCAAACAUCUCUUUUUGCUUCCCCAGCUCAUCUCUCUGGAGGGGAGAUGUGUUGCAUACGCAGGUCACAAGGACUGCGAUUGGUUGCGCUGGAAUUUGGACUUCAUCUGACCGCAAGAUGUCCAACAGCAGGACUCGGCCUGGGUGUGCUGUAACAGUUGCCUGUUUUAAUCAGCUAUUUAGAGUGAACAGCCAGAGUGUCCUUAUUCAGUUGUUCUCGGUGGCAGCACCCGUUUCAAGUAUACAACAGAUCUGACGCUGCCCAGUGCGCAUCAUGAGGCAUUGACCCUUUUGUGUCUUUUGUCUUGGAUGCAUUGAUUUCCCGUGAUGCGACUUCUGUGCUAAAGAAUUCGAGCAGAGUUUGGGGUCUGGAUUGACCUGUAGCACUGGUUCAGCAGGAGCACGUGCUUUUAGUGUAGAAGCUGAGUGCAGUCUGUGCAUUCGAUUCCAGUUACUCACUGUCUUCAAAGAAGCAUGUCUGGUACCCCGAGGAGCACCUCCAGACCUUCGGUGUAUCAGGAGCUUCAUUCAUCUCACCACUAAACGGUUCUCUAGUGAAAUUGAGACUGACAGACCGUGGGGAGUAAGAGGUGUUACUGUAUCAUGAAGGAAAAUAUACCUACAGAAACUUCGGCCCGUACACAGAGACAGCUUUGUCAGUCCACUGAAAUUCAUUGCUGCUUACAGAGCUAGAAACUGAAGAAAGGUAUAAAGUUGAAAGGCAGUAGUAUUCUCAGUUAGCACUCCAAGAAGGGGCAACAGGAUCAUUAGCCACAUUGCGAGGAUGGUCUGCUUAUACAGAAUCUUAACAUUCAUGAAAAUAACAUUUUUGGGUAUUUUUAAUUACUUAUAAAACAGCAACUUCAAAAUUUUUCUUUCCCUACAAAACCAGAAUUUUUAAAACAGCGUUUUCUGUGACCUGGUUUCUUUCAGCACACAGUUUUGGGUUUUAUUCAUCUUACAAUUUAAUGUCUUUUCCUUCUGUUAAUUCACUUCUGCAUGUUCACCCCUGAGAAGAGGCAAGCAGUGUGUUCAGACUUUUUAUUUUACUUGAGAGUAAUUUUUUUCACUUCAUCCUCCUUCCUUUUCCUAGAAAACAACAUUUUAAGCAUUAGUAGAUAUGGGUUUUUUUAGGGUACAACAUAAUAUCGAAACAAUGGAUGGAGAGCAGGGGUUUUUCUCUAUUUAGAAAUGCUAUUUUUAGAAUGCGAGCUUUUCAAAACUUGUCAUUUCCCAGGCUUCAGUCACAUGUGAGAGGAGAAAUGACUUGGAAAUAGUACAUAUAACAGGCUGUCCUUAGAGCAUUGCGUUUUUCUGUCUUUGGAGAGAAGACUGUCUUUCAGGUGCAUGUGCAAUAAAGAGGAAGAUAUUUUUUAAUCAGAUGGUCCUUUCUGAAUUUUUACUAAAGUACUGGUGGCCUUUUGGUUUGCAGUCUGUGGUCUUGGUUAUUACUGGUCAGAACUAGGCUUGUUUUGGACAGCUCCUGUUAACUGAGUUUAAGCAGUUAAAUCCCACAUCUUGGAAAGAUCCUGCGCAAAUAUUGAAUGUUUAGGAAUGCCAGGAAUCUGAUAUUAAACUUAAUGGAUUUAUUUCUGUACUUCAUAGUUUGUGCAGGGCUGAGCUUAACAGGAGCUCCAUCCCUUGAGAACAUGAGAGUUAAGACAGAUGAAUGUGAAGAGAAGCUGAAAGUGAUAAUCAAAGACGGAGAAAAAACCUGCUGGUGCAAACUGACGUUGGUGUAGCUUUAAGUAUUAAAUUAUACAAUUUAAAUACAAUUUUAAGUUUGUAUACUAUAUAUAAUGUGUAUAUACACAUAUAUGACAUAAUGGGAUACUUUGUCUGUAUCGCCAAUGAGUUUGUGCACUUCAUAGAGGUUGUUUGGUCCAACACAUUAAGGCAUUGAGAUCUGAAAGGAGGAGGAAUAUAGGAGAAGAUGUGAAAGCCUGGCAUGGAAGUAUAUGUAUAUUUUCUGAUACGUUUAGUAAGCAGUUUUGAACUUUAGGCAGUUUUUAGUAACAUACAUGUGUUUAAGAAAAAAAAACAAACCCAAAAAACAAAAAAAAAUAUUGUACCAUAUGCAGUACUUACAGAUAGGUAACCAACUUAUAGCACAGCCAGUAACAUAUGCUUUAGAAUUGUUAUAUUUAUUGGCCUUGUACUCAUCAUCUGUAGAGAUGUAUUUUUUUAUUAUUUGAGUAGUUUUGUAUUUUUGUGUGUUAGCCAGAGCAUUGUAAUCUGUCUGUUAUUGCUUUGUGGUUUGAUAAUAAACAAAUGCAAAGCUCCGA